AUCAGUGUUAAAAGUGAUAAAGGUCUUAAAAAAGAGAGAAGUUUGGAUAUAUCAAUAUUUAUAACUUGUGAAAAUGGCAUUUGGGUCGUCGUCUGGAAUUCGUUUUUUCAAUUAUUUCGCUUUGCCAUCACAUGUGGUUCGAUUCAUGGCAAGAGUAGUAAUAAUGGGUAGCUGUCUAUUAUUCAUCAGCCUGCUUAUUAGUUCCAAAUCAAGUAAAAUACCACAAUACCAAAAACCACCAACACCAUUACCUAUGAGAAAGAAAGCUUCUCGAUCAUUAACCGCGACACUAUUACAAAGGCCAUCACCAUCCACAACGACGAUUCCAAAACAGAAAACUGGUUAUUAUUUAUGUCCAAAACUAACUGGUGGGUUGGGUAAUUCGAUGUUUGUGUAUGCUUCUGUUUAUGGUAUAGCCAGAUCUACUGGUCGUCAAUUAUUCAUGGAACAUAACAACAUGGACGCAGUGUUUGGACAUCUAAACGGAACUGUGAAUAAAGAACUAUGCAACCGCAAACGUCUCAAAGAAUUGAAGUCUAAAACACACUGCUCUUAUGAUCCAGACAUGCUUCAAAUGCCAGAUCAACAUAACUACUUGGUGGGAGAAUAUCUCCAGUCAUUUAAAUAUUUUGAAAAAUACCAAAACGAAAUUCGCCAACAGUUUACCAUCAAACAAGAGUUGAAGAAUAAAGCUUGUGAAUGCCUUCAAGACAUUGCUAAGAAUUAUACCAGUUCAUUAAAUAAGACUCUGUCAACAUCAUCAGUGACUUUUAUUAGUGUACAUGUCAGGCGAGGUGACAUGCUGGAGCAAAGUCAUUUUAGGAAAUAUGGAUACCAAAUUCCGAAAGAAGACUAUGUCAUUAAAGCAAUGGCUUAUAUGAAAACUCUUUAUUCAAAUAUUGCGUUUGUGUUUGCCUCCAAUGAUAUGAAGUGGGUGAAAUCCAAAUUUCACGGGAAAGAUAUAUUCUUCCCCAAGCUUUCAGAUGCACACAGUCAAUUUGCAAUAUUAAGCUCAUGUAACCACAGCAUUACGUCUAUUGGCACUUACGGUUGGUGGUCAGCUUAUCUAGCAGGGGGAACAACUCUAUAUUAUAAAUAUCCAGCGAGAGAAGGUUCAGAUCUUCGAAAACAAUUUAGCUCUGAUUAUAAAGAUUUCUUUUUACGGAAUUGGAUUGGAUUGAGCUAAACAUUGUUUAUUUCAGUGUAUACUGCUUAUUUCAGUGUAUUAGGAUUUUUACUUUAUCAUUGUUUUUUUUUCAUCAUUCAAUGAAAUAAAAUCUUUGAAAGAAUCCAAUUUUUAUCAGUAUGAAUUUUGUAGAAGCGUGCAAUACAGACUACAUCUUAAGGUGAAAAGAGAUAAGAUAUGGUGACCGGUGCGGUGUUUGCUGCAGUAUUUCCGAUACAUUUGAAAAUAGACGAAGCAAAUUUACGGGGACACGAUUGACCUGCUCUAUUUUCUACUCUAUCAACAAUUCUGCAACGGUCACCAUACCUCGUCUUCCGACCUUAACACUGUCAGUUAUUUACAAACAAAUACCGAGCUAUUAUAAGAUGUAAAGGUGAGAGUUGAAAUCUCUCUUACUAUUUUGUUUUGUAUAUAAUACAAUGUUUUGUACAGUAAUUUUUUAUUUGUUAUAAAUUAUUUAUUUCUUCUCAUAGAACAAUGAACAUGUCUGCAAAUUUUCAGAAAUAAAAGUAUUUUGUUUU